ACUAUUAUGCGCUUCGUUUCGUUCGCAUUUCAGCGAGUCGUAUAAUUUUUCUGUUUUUGUGUUUUCAAUGUAAUUUUAAAUAGUAAAAUGAUUUUAUUACCGUCUAUAAGUUUUCUUUACUGAAUUUGACAAGUUUUGAGUCCAUCGCAAGGUCUUGCGAUGGACGUACAGGACGAUACAGUUUUGGACGUUGAUUUGUUAGCUGACGAUGGAUCCGAAGAAGAAGGCGAAGCCCCGCCGUCGUCAGAGUUCUACCCAGGACCUGGAUCAACACCAACAUCAUGUGCCUCAUCUCCUCGGGGGGAGGAGCCUGCCUCUCCUCAUGGAGGGGUGUCGCAGCCUGCCUUCUUUCACCAUCAGACAUACACUCGGCCGUUCUUCACAUCAGGCCGUAGGGGGCCAGGGCGUCCUAGGAAGGAAGGUCCUAAGUUGGUACGAGAAGGCAAGAUAGUCAGAAGAUAUAGAGGGGGGAAUGCAGGUUCUCUUAGAGGAGCUAAGCGGCACCGCGGUAGUCGCGACGACUCCCUUGAAGACAUGAUGGAUGACGAUGAUUUCUCUAUUCCACCCCUGCCUGAAGAACCACCUUAUAUGCCUGAAAAAUGGCCAGGGAAGGUGUGCGCUUUAUGCAAUUUGAGCGAACGAAGUCAGCUAGGUCAAGGCGAGAUGCGGCAGGUUUCAUGCAAACUCGGGGAAGGCGACGGCAGCACCACUCCUGGAAUAUCGAACUCCGGCGGCGCGACUCCUACCAAUGCUACCACACCAUCGAGCACUCCUAGCACCCCUGUGACUCCUGGGCUCGUGUCCCCGCCGCCUGAACUUGUGGACCCUAAUCAACAUCCUCUUGCGCUGCCUCUCAGUAGGCGCCAGAAAGCAUUCAAUAAGUGCAAGACACCUCUUUACAACAUGGAACAUACAGAUGAGUUAUCCAUCAUCGGGUACCCAGAGAUCUUGGAAUUAGCAGGGGUUGUAUCGUCAGGAGCAUUAUAUGUCCAUCGGUGUUGUCUUGAGUUCAGCCCGCCUUUCCAAGACCAAGUGUUUGCAGCUGCGAAUUCUGAUGAAGAUAAAGAGCAGUUGGAAGAGGCGAGGGUUAAGGGGAUUGUGACCGCCGCUCUGUCGAGGAAAUGUGCCUUUUGUAGCAGACAUGGUGCAAGCAUACCUUGUAAAAUGAGUUGCAGCAAAUAUUUUCACCUCCCAUGUGUACUUGCAUCUGGGGGUUUCAUGGAUUUCCAGAUCAAGUCUUCCUUUUGCAAGGACCACCUUUAUCAAGUGCCUCUUAUUUGUACCGCAGACAUAGACUGUAGGACGUGUAGAACUAUCGGCGACAUAGCUAACUUGAUGACGUGCGUCACUUGCGGCGCGCAUUACCACGGCACAUGUGUGGGACUCGCCCAGUUGCCGGGAGUUCGUUCCGGGUGGUCGUGUCGCGGCUGCCGCGUGUGUCAGGUGUGCCGCGGCGAGGCCAGCACGGCCGACGCGAGGGCCGUCACCUGUGAACAUUGCGAUAAGCUAUACCAUGCGACUUGUCUGCGGCCCGUCAUGGCGACCGUGCCUAAGUAUGGGUGGAAGUGUAAGUGCUGCCGCGUGUGCUCGGACUGCGGGUCGCGGUCUCCGGGCGCGGGCCCGUCGUCGCGCUGGCACGCGCACUACACCGUCUGCGACUCCUGCUACCAGCAGCGCAACAAGGGCUCCUGUUGUCCGCUCUGUCGCCGUGCUUACCGCGCCGCUGCCUAUAGAGAUAUGAUACGAUGUAUAUUGUGUAAAAGAUACGUACACGGAAUGUGCGAUCCGGACGCGGAACCACAGCAAUACAGACAGAAGAAAGAAUUGAAUCCAUCAUAUGAAUACAGCUGUCCAAUUUGUAAGGCACAGAUGCAUCUAACCGGUUCCAAGUCUGGAUCUUUCGACGAAGAUACGGUAGCGUCAACAUCUCAGGAUUCGUCGUUCGGCGAUGAGAACUCGCAGCAAGAGCAGGAUCCUCUUGCGAUUGAACCAAAACCGGACGUGGGUCUGGGCAAGGGUAAACCAUUCACGGUGUCAGCAAAAGUGGCGAAGAAGAAGAUUGGAGGAUACAAACUAAAGGGCGGGUUCCCUCCGGCGGGUAAACUGGGUUUCCAGAAACGUCAGCGAUCAGUUCUGGACUUCGGAAGGAAGAGGGGUUCUAAACCAAAGAUGAGGGGAGUGUUUGGAGUACCAGGUCUUGGGCUGCAAAGACCCCAGGCUCCUGAUAAUAAAGCGCCUGAAGAUGAUCCAGGUGUGGAAAAUAAAUUAGUGUUGUGUUCGAGUAAAGACAAGUUCGUACUAACGCAAGAUCUGUGCGUGAUGUGCGGCGCUAUAGGGACGGACUCGGAAGGGUGCCUUAUAGCCUGUGCUCAGUGCGGGCAGACGUAUCAUCCUUAUUGUGUUAAUAUUAAGGUAUCUCAAGUGAUCGUGACGCAAGGCUGGCGCUGCCUGGACUGCACCGUGUGCGAGGGCUGCGGGGCCCGGGGCGACGAGACAUUACUGCUGCUGUGCGACGACUGCGACACCACGUGGCACACGUACUGCGCCCGGCCGCCGCUCGCCGACGUGCCGCGCGGGCCCUGGCGCUGCGAGCGCUGUCGCCGCUGCCUCACGUGCGGCACGCGCCAGACGCUGGCCUGGUGCGACAACUACACAGAAUGUGCCCCUUGUGCAUCACUGGUGAUGUGCUGCGUGUGCUCGGAGCCGUACUCCGACGGCGAGCUGAUCAUCCAGUGCGAGGGCUGCCGGCGUUGGCUGCACGCCUCCUGCGACUCCAUCCGCAGCGAGAGUGACGCUGAAGUGUGCUGUCGGGCUGGCUAUAAAUGUGUACUAUGCCGUGGCCGCGAGCUGCCACCACCUCACCUUGCGCGAGCCAUCGAGAACGGCUCAGCCACGGCCAGUGCGAUCUGCAACCCCGUGGCCUCGCGCCCAGUGCCCAGGCCCACGCCCCAGUCCCUCGGCCUCGCGGGCGAGUACUACGUAGACGACGUCUGCCUCUCGCAGCGCGGGGCACAUCAUAUGAAGCAGUUGGAGGCCGAGAUGGGUAUCACGCACACGAGGCGUAAGCGUCGCUUCAAGAAUGAUAACACUGAGAAAGACGCAGAAAUAAUGGCAUCUAUUGAAACAGUGGUUCAGAAUGCAGACGUCGAGAUGGGAGAUGACUCCAAGCCUGACAGCACGGCUGAAGUUAAAGACGAACCAGGAGUACCAAACACGAAUUUCAAGGAAGGCAUCCUAUGGAACGUCGCCAACGACGGGCCUCCUCCCGAAGGCUUCACCAUCUAUACCACAGACUCAGGGUUAACCGUACUGCGCAGAAAGAGGCAGAGGAAUUUGAACAAGCUCGGUAUUGGUGGCUUUGUGGUACGGCAGAGACAAACCACGGCUAAAGCUCAAGCUGAUGAAGAGAAAGAUGGAGAUGGGACUCAAGCUUCUGGAGAAUCACCGAGUAAUAAGCGCAAACCGCGUCGUAAGCCUCGAUCUAAGCUGAUGGAGCAGUUUCCAUCAUACAUGCAAGAAGCAUUCUUUGGGAAAGAACUGCUGGAGCCAACUAAAGCAGCCGUUUCGUCAACUGCGAAUCCUGCAGAAAGUCCAGGCGGUUCCCUCCGACCAGCUACACCGGAAGGGUACCGAGAGCUGCGGGACUUCAAGUGGGACCUGGACAACUCAGACAGCGACGGCGAAGAUGUACUCGCCGCGCUAACUAGCUUUAAUGAUCAUGAUACUUCGGUUAUUAUAGCGCUGAAUUCGGACGAAGCCGAAAUCCUCAAGUCCCUAAAACCGAAAGACGAGAAAGAAGACUCAUCAGCCGCCACCAACUCAGAUGGCACAGUGAAGAUAAAGACAGAAACUGAUGAUGGACAGCUAAAGCAUACGGAAGACUCCACGGCUUUGAAGAACGCGAUACUUGGUCCUCAGCCCGCUGAGGCGGAACAACCGCCCACUGUGGCUACUGAGAGCAUACCUACCGUGCAUAGUACGAAGACUGAGACUAUUAGCAGUGAAACUGGUGGUUCAUCUCAAGCAUCGACAAUAUCGCCGAAAGACGACCUUUCCCUGUUGGGCGUGAGUUUAGACGCGAUGGUUCGCGACGGACUGCCCGACAUGGACAGCAAUGACGUCGAUGAAAUAUUCAAAGGAGUACUCACUGAUGAUUCGCAGGAAUCACAAGAGUCGUCGGUAUCGUACGUGAACUCUAUGGCGAGCACGCCGUACUCUCAGCAGAGGCAGCAGCUGCAGAGCCCCAUGGAAUAUACAUCGCCUUAUCCUGAAUUCGGAGGCAGCAGCAGUAACAGUGCAAUGAGUCCACUGUUCUCUGAGAGCGGCAGCGGCAGCACGGCCUGGCCCGACACUGCGCAAGCACAGCCGCCGUCUUACAACCAGCGCAGUGCUGAUAAAAUGCGAGCUGAUGAGAGUCUAGGUUCAGCGGCGACAAUAUCAGCGGUCUUAUACGCCAACACGAACCACCCAGAAUGGAAAACCGAGUUUCCAAACUGGGUGGAUCGCUGCAAACAAAUCCUGAAGAAAUGGCGGGCGUUACCGUCCGAUCAGAAAGCGCCGUACUUACAACGCGCUAGAGACAACCGCAGCGCUAUACGUAUGAAGAAAGCCCAACAGAGCUCGAGUAGCGGCGCGGGCGAGGCAGAGAGCAGCGCAGCGCCGGGCGGCGCGGCCAGCCCCGCGGCCGCCCCCCCUCCGAGCGCGCUGGCGGGCCCCGGGGAGCAAGAACGCGCGUGCAACCAACAGCGCAGUGCGAGGGAGGCUGAACAAGAGAGGCAGUGGAAACAUCUGCAGCAGCAACGACAGCAACAGACGCAGCAGCAACAGCAAAUUAUACAUGAUCAGAGGAUGCAAGAAGACGGUCCACUAACCGGCACGUACGUCCUCCCGAAAGCAGCCAUGCAGCGGUUACGCGCUCCGGACGGCAGCUCGCCGCCGGGAGCCGGGGCCCCCGGGCAACUGGGAGCCCCGGGACAGCUUGGGGCUCCGCAGCUUGGGGCCCCGCCGCAGUCGCCCGCGCCACCCGCUGAAGCGCCCCGUAGCGCCUUCCCUGCACAACGCUUCCCGCUGCACUACGGGAACAAUGAUGAUAUUAACAGACAGCUUAGAGAUUUGCUGCAAAGGAACCCGGAGAAAAUGUGGACAGGACAACACGAAGGAUCAUCGCCGGCCGCAGGUGUGGGUGAAGGGCAGCCGUUCCGCCAGCCCCUGCCGGUGACGCUGCGAGCGCGGGCGCCGCUCAUGCACACCAACAGACCUGACCAUCACUUGAUCAUGCAACAGCGUUUAGUGUCGGCAGAGAACAGUCAACUGCAACAAGCAGUACCUAAUCCCGCCCAACAAAUGGUGGAGCAAAAACAAAACGUCAUACAGAAUAACGCUCCCAGCAAUGAAAACAAGCAGGAGUCCAACCAAGAACAGGGUACCGAUGAGAUGGAUAUGGGCGAUAUGGACAAACUUGAACAAGAUGGCGCCAAUAUCGGAGAGGUGGGCGACAUCCUAACAGGUCUAGGCGGGGAAGACGACGAAGAGUUGUUCGAGACACUAACAGCAGAGAUAGGGGAACAGUUCAAUAUUCUAGAGUACGCAGACCCGGAGUUAGCAGCGCUCAAUGAUACGGAACAUAUACUGGACGGCUUGGAGUUAGCUGAUGAUGGCAUGCCGGAGAGACAUGCGAAGAGAGAGCCUGAGGAUGAACACGAACAAGCACAAGACAACAAAAUGUACAACGACUUACAAAAGGCCGUCAAGAACAUAGAAUCGAAAGCCGAAGUGAAGUCGGAACUCGAAGACGUGAAGCCGGACGUCAAGCUGGAAGCCCCGGCGACGCCCGCGCCGCAGCCCAUGUACAACGAUCCCGUGCAAAGAGUUAUUACGCAGAAUCAACAGAUGGCGUUGCAGAAUGCAAUGCAAGCCAUCAAAUCGGAGGUUAAGCUAGAAAACGAAGACAAGCCCCGGCCUGUGUUCACGCAAAUGUUCACCAACGCGCCACAGCGGCUUCAACUGCAUCAUCCGCAACAGCGUCCUCAACAAUUCGGACAGCCGGGCCAACAGGUGAUGGGUCAACAAGUUGUGCAGAGACCGCAAGUGCAGUUCACUGCUGCGCAACACAUGCAUUAUGCACAGGGAGGUAACGCGGGUCCCACGGGUAUCCCCGCGAGUGCGGCCAGCAUCGUGUCCGCCAUGACAGCGCAGGUCAACGCGGCGCUGGCGGCGGGCCGCAACAUCGCGGCCGGCACGCGGCUGGUCGCGGCCGACGGCUCGGUCGGCGUGGUCCGCGCUGACCGCACUGUGGCGCUCGCACAUCUGCCUUAUGCUGCAACAGUGCAAGGCGGGCAGGUGGGGCAAGUACAAACAGGCGCUGUACCGGCGGGCGGGGCCAGGCCUCCGCCCCCGCCCCCCUACCCCGGCACUCUGCGCCAGCCGCAGCCGCCGCCGCCGCCCUACCCACAGAACGUAAACCAGGAGCAACCGUUGCUUCUCGAGGAGCUCCUGGAGCAGGAGAAGCGGGAACAGGAGCGCGAGGGGGGCGAGUGGGCGGCGCCCGGGGCCGCGCCCGCGCCCGCGCCGCCCCCCGCCGCCGCGCCCGCCAUCCCGCUGUACCUGGGCGUGGCGCCGGCGGCCCCGCCCGCGCCGCCCGAGCGCCCGGUCACGGAGGCGGAGCACCACGCGCGGCUGCUGUACGAGCAGUGGCUGAAGCAGUACAACGCCUUCGCCGCCGACCAGCAGCGCCACUACGAGGUCGAGGUUCAGAAGCUUCGCAAGAUCCGCAAGUCGCUGAACAGCAAGCAACGGCAGUUGCGCAAGUCUGGCAACGAGCUACUGCCUAACGACGCGGCUGAACUACAGCGCGUAUCUACUGAACAGCAGGCGCUACAGAAGCAUCUCGAGGCUGCGCGCAAGCAAGCUCGUCAGCACAGCAUGCUGAUACAGGAAUACGAGACCAAACAGCGCCAGCAAAACCCUCAACUGGCCCAACAAAGUGUCAUUAACCAACAACAAAUAACGUCCAAUCAGACUGUAUUCGCUCAGAACCAGAACAUGAACCAAGGCCAACAGGUGCAACAGCAGGCCACGAUCAACCGGCCGAUGCAACUUGGCCUCCAAGGAGCCACAAUACAGCAACAACAAAUAAUACGUACUCAACAAACCGUGAUUGGUGCUGAUGGUCAGCCAAUAUCCCAGCAAAGGAUAGGCUUGGUGACUUCACCUUUGAAUACACAGGGCAGAUUAUUGCAAGGUGGUCGUACUCUUGUGAUUGAGCAGUCAGGUGCUCCCCAACAGCAACUAGUUAGACAGUUAUCAGGGGUCCAGGAGAGGCCUCAGUCUGUUGGAGGAAUGGUCCAAUUCGGUCAGCAGCAGAUGGCGGGAGUGAGAGGCUCCAUGCAACAAGGGCCACAGACGCCGAGAACUCCUGGUGCUCGACCAGCGAUGUCUCCUCUCCACGUGCAGUCGCCACAUUCUCAGUCUCCACUGCACUCUCUGGCGCCACAAUCUCCGCUGCAUCACUUGACAUCACCGAUGCAAUCGCCAUUGCACUCUCAGCAGUCUCCCUUACACCACACGUCUCAAUCGCCACUGCAUCCAUCGACGCAAUCCCCUCUUCAUACGCAACAGUCACCUUUGCACUCACAACAGUCGCCAAUGCAUGUACAACAGACCAACAUGCCGCAACAGUCGCCGAUGCAUCCUCAACAGUCGCCGAUGCACCAAUCUCCGAUGCAUCCGCAGCAAUCACCGAUGCAUCAGCAGUCGCCGAUGCAUCCUCAACAAUCUCCUAUGCAUCAGCAGUCUCCGAUGCACGCGCAACAGACUCAGAUGUCGCAACACUCGCCAAUGCCGCAACAAUCGCCGAUGCACUCGCAGCAGUCGCCGAUGCAUAUGCAACAGUCGCCGAUGCAUACACAACAGUCUCCGAUGCAAACUUCGAUGUCGCCGCAACACUUCUUGCAACAACUGCAAGCUCAGAGGACUAGUCCUCAACUGCCGACGCCCAGUCGGAGUCCUCAGAUAUAUCAACAAUCACAAAUUCAAAGUCCAGUGGCUUCACAUUCGCCGCAAAUGCAAAAUGUUGACUACGGAACGGGGAGAUUCUCUCGACCUGCUCCCGGCUGUUCCCCUCUGCCAACUAGAUUCGCUAGACCGCCACAUCACCAACAAGGUAUAAGAGUUGGCGGUCCUUUCGGUGGUCGACAACAGACUUCACCUCUCGGAAGCCCACAGCCUCUACCGUCGCCCGGCAAUCCGGCUAACGAGAUGGCUCGUCAACAAAUGCUACAACGCCAACAAUACAGUCCUAUGGGCGGGGCUCCCGCUUCGCCAUCAGUAGCUCGUUCACCCCACGUGGCUCGUACUCCAACACCAUCCGCCUCCCCGGCAGCCUCGCCCGCACCGGGCGGCAUGCACGAGCAUGGUGGAGGCAUGCACGGCCCCCAUGCACCGGGCAUGCAUGACCACGGCGGAGGCUUACACGGACCCCACGCGCCCGCGCCAAUACCACCCGGAUACAGGUAUUUCAAACCUGGUCUAUUCGGAGGUGCACCCGGAUGGCCGCCUAGAGAAGAAGAUAGGCGUCGACCCGCGCAUCUAACUAAAGUAUCAAUACUUAAACGCCGUACACCACCACGACCACGUAUGUUAGGUACAGCGGCUACUCAUCAUACUGAUAGAGAGGAAACCGACCCUACUGCGUCCCCUACUUCAGCUGACGCUCGAAGCUACGUAGUAUACACACCUGAUGCCUUAGAAUAUGGACCACGCACUUCCCGCAGCGACGAACCACGAUCAUCACUAACUCGGUCCGAUGACGAUGACGAUGUUGAAGAACUCGUAGAACAUUUAGAUGAUGAUGACAUAGUACUUGUCGAACCUGAUGCGAUCUCGCCAGAGGAACGUAUCGCUACUGAGGAAGACUUUGAAGAGCUGAUAGAUAGUGGUAAGCCUGAUGAUGAAACUGAAGACGAGACGGCUGAAAGGGCGCCGACACGUACUGAAACUACCACUAAGACUGUGGCUGUGAUUAGUUUAUCUACAGGAAAACAACCAGCUAGCGUACAGCAAUAUAAAAUCCUUAAGCCGGGCACUGGUUCCCGCGCUCGCUUGCCUUUACUAAGUGCGACAAUGCUUUCACCGCACACUAACACUAAGAUACUUGACGAGGUAUCGCAGGCGACUGUAGCCUCCGUCUCGAUAGCCAACCAAACUAUUUCUGUUCCCGUACUGAAGAAUCUAUCAGUACCCAUCGCAAGCGUGGCCAGUCAUGUAAGCGGAGUCGGGAAAACGCAGAUGAAGAAAGUUCCAUUGAAUUUGACUAAUCCACCGCUCACGAUCAACAUGUCGACUCCACCGCUCUCCAAGCCAAUAAGCUCAGUUAUAAGUGUAAUAUCGUCGAACGUACCAAAAGUAGCUAAUGUAAACCCACCUCGAGUACCAGUCUCGAUAUUGACACAACACCAAGUGAAACAAAAAAUUGUUAAAACUAUCGAGAAACCAAUGAUGCUUGCAUUAUCUAACUCCAAGCUAUCAAGUUUGUCGGUAACUCAUGACGCAACUCUACCGGCUAAGAUAUUCCAAGAUGACGCAGCAUCACCUGACAGUACUGUGUCAUCUGAAAAUAAUCCGGAGAAAGAUAUUAUUACCAACCCCAUGACAUCGACGUCACAACAGUUGACAUCACUGACCGCUCAGGGCUCAUCGCAAAUGGAUCAGAGACCUGGGAUAUUUAAGGAGCCAAACAAGGAUAUUGACAUAGAAAGUGAAAUCAGUCAGCAGACAGAACUCCCGCAUACGUUGUGUCUUAGCGAUAGAACGCCAUUAUUACUAGGAAAGGCUGACAUAAAGAGUCCUGAUCCAAUUCCAGAGAAAAUUCCUGAUAAUAUUAUGGAGGGCGACGAUGAGGAUAAACCAGAGGAUAACAUACAGACAAACUUGCUACUUUCUUACAAUAAGAGCAUUUCUGAGCCACCGCCGCCGCCUCCGAUGUCUGAGAGCAAACCAGAAGAGAAUGUGGUCAAAACAAUAAAAGCGAUUGCUAACCAAACUAAAGAGAUGGUUAUAGACUCAAACAUGCAGAUUACCUCGGACAUGGCGCAAGAUUCCGUGCAAAUAUCUAUUCCUUCACCGACGCCGUCUCAAGAGCGGUAUUUAAAUGACAUUACAAUGCAGGAACACCACGAGACCGCAGAGAAUACGAAACACGUGGAGACAUUCGAAGACAUGCUCCAUAUUCUUGAAAACAUUGGCGAUGAAACCAAAACUUAUGGAAUGAAACAGCAAAAUCCUAAACCUGGUAAUCAAAGUGUCCAAAACCCUAAUGUCAGUACUCCAAAACCAGAACAAAAGGAAAGCCAGGAUAAUUCAGGUUUUACGAAGCGAGAGCCAGAGAGACUAGCGCUGCAGUCAGCGACUGUACCUCAACUGUCGCCGCUCUCGCAACCCGCCGAGCUAACCUCAAACAUGGUGAAUGUAUCGCAACAGAUUAGAACAAUCAUGUCAUCACUUAACCCCAACACGUCUAAAGUGGACACACAACCCGUCAUGAGGAAAAACAGUGACGCCACAACACCAACACAAGUGAAUUUUGAAAACUUGCUACCUUCUUCCAAGGUUGAGGUGGCAGCGUCUAGGCCAUCGCCUAUACAAAGAAUUGAUAGUAAACCCAUCACAUCUAUACCCAGCUCCGAGAGUUUGCCCAUGAGUGCCGCGCAGGCUAUCGGCUCUCGAGUUAACACGCUCUCAUCGAUCGGACAAAUGCGCAAGUCACCCAAUGUCUCGCCCAUUAACUCCCCGGUCGGCAUACAAAACUCACUAAUGAAAUCUCCCGCACAGAUGAUCUCGAAUCAGUCGUUCUCACCCAUGGAUGACGCCGGACCUACCUCGGUCGCUUCUCAAAUAAUUCAAAUGCCAGCUCUCUCGAAAAUACAUAGUUCUACGGCAGCUGCUACUAUGAUACACUCGAAUAACACAAUCACUACCAGUAUGAGUGGGUUCCAAAAGAAUCAAUCGUCACUGCCAACUAGCAUACUAGGUCACACGUUACUACAACCUACAAGACAAAUAAAUACUAGUAAUCUACCGUUCAGUCAGCAAAGCAUAAGUUCUAGUCAGCCGCCAGCUCUAGUCAUGACCUCUAGACCAAUGAUGGGUAACAAGGAGCCAGCUCCGAACGUUACUGUGCGUACGCAUAGCAUUGUUAGUUCAGGGAUCAAUCAGAUACCCGUCAAGCCUGCUCCGCCCGGCUCCAUCAACUUCAUCACGUCAUCGAAACUGCUACACACGCAACUAACCUCACCUCUAAAGAGAUCUAAGUCCACAGACGAGCCAAAGAGUGAAGUUAUCGUGGGGCAUAUUCAACCCACGAAAAGGCAUAGCGUUGAAGCCGUAGUAGUAAAAUCAGAGCCGAUGGAGACAGAUGAGCCAGCCACUUCUACAACUACUACGACAGAUGCAUCAAAUAAACACAAUGUGCAACAGACUACAGCCAACCAGAAGAAUGAUGAGUCUCAGAACGUGUUGCUGAAGCAACUGCUUCAAACCACCACUGCCGCGGCUACAGUUGUCCCUCAACGUACACUGACCAUACAGAGAACUGCGCCAGCAUUGGGCACCAUACCGUCUCUAGAAGCUCAGCUGGCAAGACCUUCAAUACCGCCACCAACAUUAGCUCUGACGCCAGAAGUAGAAAUACCAAAGAACUCCCCACGACAUAAUAUAAUGACUAGUAGCGUUGUGAACUCGCCGUUCAACACCCGGCCCAUUCAAACUAUUCCUACGUCCUCGAUAUCCCCACUGACACAAACGUCGACGCAAUCCUUGAUGGAUGUUCGCAAGCCGCCUAUUAAGAUGAUGAGCAAAGAGGAGACCACUCCUAUACCAGAAAGCUCACCCACUAUGAAAACUAUGCAAAUGUAUCCAAUGAGUAUUGAGAAUCAGCAGCUACAACAAGCUAUAAAGAAAGAAAUUGCUCCUCCUCAACAAAGUCCUGUGCACAGGCCGUUUACUCCUAUGGAUGUAAAGAAAGAGUUACUAGACGAAAGCUCUCAGCAGUCCGCGACUUCUGGAGUUUCAACCGCGUCUGAUCAGGGCAAGCUUGACCAGCCUAUGAAAGAAGAAUUCACGGAGAAUGUCAAUAUGGAUGCGGCCUCAGAAGCCAAUGCUCCCGAGACUCCAUCGGAAGCCAAGAAGCGUAAACGUCGUGAAUAUCAACAAAAGAAACGAAAACAAAUACAAAUGAAUAUGAAAGCUGCCGCUGAAAACAACUUGAAUGCAGCUAAUGCUAAGAAGAGACCGCGCAAGGGCUCCCGAUAUGAGGAAGACUACGAUACGUUUAUUGACAACCUCAUGACACAGUUACGUUUACUGCCAGCAAUGCAAAUACAAGAACCCGCUCUAACUACAAACUUUGCAGUUUGCCCACUAUUCGGGUCUGGAGACUUGACAAAAUUAAAAAAUAAAGACUACGAUCUAUUAAAAGGCGACUUAGUUGGCGAAUUCGGUAAUGCAAAAAUACCUAACGUUGGAGAUUACUACAACACGAAACCGUUUGGAGAAGAGGAACCUCUGCCUGAGAAACCACCAGCGUCCACUCAGAGAGGUUUCUAUGACCAAGAGUUCCAGCCUAUUCUAUUUGAUGAUGACCCAGAGGAUAAGAAAUUGGACUUCAUCUGUAAAGAGAGAGAUACGGACACGCCUGAUAGCAUUGUUAGCUGCUCUAGUCCUGAAUGCCUCGAAACGGAACCUCCCAACCGUUUCCCUGGUCUCAAACUCAUUGAUGAUGAAGAAGAGGAUGAAGAUAGUGACUCUGCUUCUGGACGUAUUUCACCUAUAAUACCUAUUAUUGCACCAGUACCCAUCAGAGUGAAACCGGUGUCAUUAUAUCAGUCGAAAGAUGACGACGAGAAUUCGAAAGCGCUUAAGACUCUCGACACUGAUGCCGCUAAAGUUAAGGGCGGAGAUUCACCUGGUAGUACCGAAACAAAUGAAAAUGUCACCGUCACGCUCACCCUCACGUCUGGAGCUGCUGAAGAUAUUCUUGGCGUACUCAAAGAGCUCGCCGGAAUCUUACACAUUCCGCCACCUACGUCGUAUCAAAUCAUAGAAAGGACUGCAACUCCACCAUCACAUAAGCUUGGUCUCUACAGGUCCAAGGGUAAGGAUGGCAAAGAGGGAACGCCUAUUGACAUCCAAAGUAUACUUAACGGAGCGGCCAAAUUCUGUCGUCAUUGUGACGUUGUCAUCCUCGAUUCAGUCGUAAGAGCUAAAGCAUCCGAGUUCCCAUUACUCUCCGCUAAUAAGGGUAAUGCCGAAGAAAUUCUCUGUGAUAGUGAUUCAGAGUUAUACUUCUGUAGCACACAAUGUUACGAGAGCUUUGCAUGGCGUCCUACUAACAUCAUUCUUGAUGGAAAAGCUAAGACUGCUGUCAAGGAAGAUACGAAGUCUGAAGUCGAUACCAACUUGUCUAAGGACCGAGAUGAUUUCGACACAGCAUCCACGGAAAGUAUGGAGACUGACGAUUUAGAUAUAAAGCCAGACAUUAAAGACGAGAAAAUGGAUUUGUCGUUCAUGGACUCUUUAGAUAACGACGAACUGAUGAAGGAGGUUGGUGAUGACGUCAGCGCGCUCGAUGAAGACCUGAAGAGUGAGCAAGAUGACAAGAGUAACCAAAGUACCGAGAGGGAGAAAUACAGAGGAGUACGCUACAAGGCGUGGUCGCCGGGUUGUAUUGGCCCGCCUGUGAAGUACAAGCGCCCGACUGACAGAGAGCUCACUGAGCUAGUGUUCCGAACUGGCGUCGCUAUAAUGCCCGUCACAAAUGAAGACGCAAGACGGUGUGAGUUGUGUGGUAUCCAAGGCGACGGUGUCGCGGACGGCGUGUCACGUCUACUGAACUGUGACGUGAACCGCUGGGUGCACUUAAACUGCGCUCUGUGGUCUGAAGGCGUGUACGAGACCGUGAGCGGCGCUCUCAUGAACGUAGAAACGGCAUUAGCAGCUGGUUCGAAUGCCACGUGUGCCGUGUGCCGUCGACUCGGCGCAACUGUGCGAUGCUUCAAAGUACGCUGUGGCAGUGUCUACCAUCUCGGCUGCGCGGUCAAAGACAACUGCGUCUUCUAUAAGAACAAGACUGCUUUCUGCGCGUCACAUGCUCCCAAGAAUGAAAAAGACAACGAGCUUACGACCCUCAGCGUACAGCGUCGUGUGUACAUCUCUCGUGACGAACAACGUCAAGUGGCAUCAGUCAUGCUGCAUUCUGAUACGAACCAUCUCAUCAGAGUGGGAGGACUCAUAUUUCUGAGCCCUGGACAUCUGUUGCCGCAUCAGCUCGCGGCAUUCCAUACGCCGAAUUACAUCUACCCUAUUGGGUACAAAAUUGUCCGUUUCUACUGGUCGAUGUCCCGCGCGAACUGCCGCUGCCGCUACCUGUGCUGGAUCUCGGAGGAGGCGGGGCGGCCGCGCUUCCACGUGCGCGCGCAGGACGAGCCGCGCAACGAGUGCGCCGCCGCCACGCCACGCGCCGCCUGGGCUAAUGUAUUAGACGCCGUAGCGGCAUUACGCGAAGGACGCCCUGAAGAAGGAGUACUGAAACUGUGGCCCAACUAUGUGACUGGAGAAGAUCUGUUCGGUUUGACUGAACCAGCUGUCGUCAGAGUACUCGAGAGUUUGCCUGGCAUAGAGACGCUGACGGACUACCGCUUCAAGUUCGGUCGGUCAGCGCUACUGGAAGGCGGGCUGGCCGUGAACCCGUCGGGCUGCGCGCGCAGCGAGGCGCGGGCGCGGGCCGCGUGGCGCCGCCCCACGCGCAGCCUGCUGCCCGCCGCGCCCGCGCCGCCGCCCAUGCCCGACCACCCCGCCUGCCCCUACUCCAAGCAGUUCGUGCACACCAAGAGCUCGCAGUACAAGAAGAUGAAGAGCGAGUGGCGGAACAACGUCUACCUCGCCAGGUCUAAAAUCCAGGGGUUGGGUUUGUACGCCGCCCGGGACUUGGAGAAACAUACCAUGGUCAUCGAGUACAUCGGGGAGAUUAUACGCUCCGAGCUAUCGGAGAUACGGGAGAAACAAUAUGAAGCUAAGAACCGCGGCAUCUACAUGUUCCGGCUGGACGAGCGGCGCGUGGUGGACGCGACGCUGUCGGGCGGGCUCGCUCGCUACAUCAACCACUCGUGCCAGCCCAACUGCGUCGCCGAGACCGUCGAGGUCGACCGACAUCUGCGCAUCAUCAUAUUCGCCAAGCGACGCAUCGCGCGCGGGGAAGAGUUGGCAUACGACUACAAAUUCGACAUAGAAGACGACGCUCAUAAAAUAAUGUGCAUGUGCGGCGCGCCCAACUGCCGCAAGUGGAUGAACUGAACACCGAACCCGCACCACUGUCGUCACCACCUGCACCGGAGACUGAACCCACACAUACACGCCCAGUGUGCACUCGCACCGUUGGAUAUUCAUGUCUAAAUGUAAAUACUGUAGCACAUUUACCUCUACACAUUGAUAUACAACCAUACUCGGUUUUAAUUUAGCGUAGGAAAGGCUAUGAUACCUAGUUUUAUGUACCAAAGUGAUUGUACUACAUGUAAGUAAAUAAAUCAUUAUUAUUAGACUUAUUUAAACGAUUCACUCUGUUUAAGCUGAUGUGUGAUCUACGAAUAAGACAAUAUCAACAGACUUACCGGUAAUCUUCAUUUUUAUAACUAUUAUAUUUAACUGUCGCGGUAAUCAAUCGGAUCGGAAACCUUUUUUUGUAAAUAAUAUUAAAUCAAUAUAAAAAGUUGUUAUUGAAUUUUAAAUGUUUUAGAUGUGGACGUUUUACGAGAGUAGAGUAGAAUAAGUGUAUAAUUUUAUUAUGUUAUGUGUAUUUUAUGGAUGUUUUGUGUCGCUGUUUUAAAUGAUUUUAUUAAUUAACAUUUAUUUGAGAAGUAUCGCACCUAGAUCGUCACAGGCAAUCAAUACUUGCGUAUACUCACCGUAUACUUGUAAAUCUCAGCAGUGACUAAUUGUUAGGUUAAGUUACCAAAUAGACGAGUCUGCAUUUAGUAUGCAUAGAGCACAAUUUAUUUAGCGAUAUUAAUAUCCUCUUUAUUAGAAAUUAUCGAGGGCCCAGUGUUAGGUAGAUGAACGCGUUUCAUGAACAGGGUAGUAAUAUAAUUUCUAAUGGAGCGGCACGAGACGCCACGAUGUGCCUGACCCGUUGUUGUUGAACUCCGUAGCUUAGAUCUGCGGAACACAUCGCGCCUUCCGACGGUGGACGAACUUUAAUGUAUACUGUUGCCUGUUUGUAUGUAUGAGUGUCUGCGUGCGUACUUUUAUUCACAUGGUUUAUCGCAUACUGCUCAGCAGGACAAGUGUUAGGAGAAGGGUUCAUAUAUAUUUUCGAGAGAAGACAUGACAUUUAGUGAUGAAAUUAUUUUACGAAUAUUUACUCAAAGUAAUGGUUUAUACAUAGUGCCACCGUCUCAAAUAAAUGGUGUGAAUAAAACAACGUGCACAUAUAGUAGUUAGUGUAAUUAUUUAUGUAAUAAAUUUAAUGAAUAGUCCCAAAUGUGAUAUUACCUCACAUAAUUUCGCGUGAACUUCACUAUGUAGUGGCCAUUAUAACCUACUAGGUUAGCUUGUUGCGUUACCGCUACGCUCGUGCGCGUACGACGUCUGUAGAGUAUCAGGAAUCUACCGAGGCGCUUGUAAGAUCUGGUUAUAGAGAAAUAUUAUAUAAUGUAUGUAUGUAGCACAAGGAAUUAUGUAACGCAGGUCGCCGUCUACCAAUGUUAUAAAUUCAUGCAAUGUAAUUUUAAGUGUUAAAUGUGCAAUAUCAUAUCUUGAGUACAGAUUGUAAAUAUGACUAGCGCAGUGAUGAACAUUUGAACAUGUAAUCAUGGAAUAGAUAUGUUUUAUGCAUUGUUUGUAAUCAGUUAUACACCACUCAUCAAAUGUUUCCAUCGAUUUUAUUUAAAGCAUUCCCAUACAUUAUGCACUAAAGUUUGACUCAAAUUAUUAUUUUCAUGAGAGAACAUUUUGAAAGUUGUAAAAUUAUGUACUUUAGUAAUAUUCUAUACAUUAGUAUUUUUAUUGCAUUAUUUUCCUAUAAUUAAAAUUUUAAUUAGUAUAAAACAGUUUUUAUUUGUUGUUACACAAUCGAUCUCAACCUGUAAACCAUGCCCAAAGAUUUUUUCAUUUUUAGAUUUUUUCCAUAUCAUCAGGGAUUUUAUGGAUAAAAUAAAACAGCGAGUUAUUUCAUAUAAAUUUUAUUACAAACUUUCUUUUACUUAAACUGCAAAUAAUAUACCAAAGAACAUUGUCUAAGUAAAGCUGGAGAGCCAGCACACGUUGAUCGCAACUGAGUUAUUGGAAACGGCUUGUCUAGCGAGGCGACCAUCGCGCGAACAGGCGUGUCUCGAACUUCACGUCAAUUGACUAAUGGAAACACACCAGAAAACAUCGUUACAAAUUCCUUUCACUGAUGUAAUAUUUUAAAAUCUGAUCGAAA